AUGGCAGCUGACAAAACAUUUGCUCUCUGUGACAUGAAGCCUUCUGGAUACUAUAAUGGAAGCGUCACCACAACCAUCUCUGGGUCAGUUUGCUUAAACUGGUCAGACUUCCCUGAUUACAUUCAGCAGUAUCCAAAUCGGGGAUUAGGAAACCACAACUACUGCAGGAAUCCAGAUGGGGGGCCAGCCCCUUGGUGCUUCUAUCAACUCAUUUCGGGAGCAACUGGCUGGGCAAACUGUGAUUGUAGCCAGGAUUCAGUGCGACUUACGGAAAGUGGCAGGGUGGAAGUAUACUACAAAGGACUGUGGGGGUUGAUCUGCGAUGACGAGUGGACUGACUUGGAUGCCAGUGUGGUAUGCCAACAACUGGGGCUCAGUGAAACUGGCACAGCCCUAAGACAGCGUUCUUCCAAUCCGGAGCUGUUACCCUUACAUCUUCAGUCUGCAAACUGUCGUGGGGAUGAGAAGAUGCUGUCCCAGUGCAGUUACCAGGAAAUAUUUAGAGCUUGUAUCCAGGGAACUGCAGGAGCCAGUUGUGGAUCAUCUCAAGCUAUAGGAUCUCCACUGCGUCUGGUAGGAGGCAAAACAAGUUUUGAGGGUCGAGUAGAAAUUUAUCAUGGUGGCCAUUGGGGCACCAUCUGUGAUGAUCAGUGGGAUGACAAGGACGCUGAAGUGGUUUGCAGACACUUGGAUCUCAGUGGAUUCUCAAGAGCUGUGUCUUGGGCUCACUUUGGGAAGGGCUCAGGCCCAAUCCUGCUGGAUGAAGUCGAAUGCUCAGGCAAUGAGCUUUCACUGGACCAGUGCAAGAAGAGCGAUUGGGGGAAACACAACUGCGACCAUAUUGAAGAUGCUGGGGUUAUUUGUAACCCCUUUGUAGAAGGAACAAUCCGAUUGGCAGGAAGCCUCCAUCCAAGUGAAGGAAGGGUAGAGAUCUACCACAAUGGAAGAUGGGGAAGUAUUUGUGAUGAUGGCUGGAAGACAGGAAUCAAUGCUCAGGUUGCUUGCAGACAGCUGGGCUUCAGUGGUCCUGCCAGGCUGGCAUCAAAGGGUGAAUUUGCGCCAGGCCAAAGUUUCAUCUUGCUUGAUGAUGUAGCUUGCAUAGGCACGGAGUCAUCUCUGAUGGAUUGUCCCCAUAGUAACUGGGGUCAACAUGAUUGCUCACAUGAAGAAGAUGUGGGAAUUCGCUGUUCCCUGGUUAGCAACAGAAUUACUGAAGACAAAACCGGUACGGAACUAAUAGGCCACGCUAAAAAAAAUACUGCAACUUCUCCAGCCAUGGCCGAUGGCAAGAAAGUAUCUGCCGGAGAAUUUUCAGACUACUCUUCAUCUAAACCUAGAAGAGUAAUAGGCUGGUGGAAGUGUAACAUAAAACCUCCCCAUGAAAAUCCAAGCCAGUAUUUGGCCUUUGCUGUAUCUUUGUUGGUUUUCUCUUUCAGGGGAAGUUGGCCAUGGCAGGUCUCCUUGCGUCUGAAGGGGAUUCACAAAGAUGCUCGUUUGCUGUGCGGUGCAACACUUAUCAGCAGUUGUUGGGUGAUGACAGCAGCACAUUGCUUCAAAAGAUUUGGGGUAGACGUUCGUCGUUACCUUCUGCGGGUGGGAGACCAUCAUACCGGUGUGAGAGAUGAUUCGGAGAGAGAGUUACCGGUGGAGAAGAUCCUCCUUCAUAGAAAUUAUCAGUCGAGCAGUAAUGAUAAUGACAUUGCUCUGGUCAGGAUGUGGGGCAAAGAGGACAACUGUCUUUCCUUCAGCCACCAUGUCUUUCCAGUCUGCCUCCCUGUUGGGAAGCAGAAGGCUGCAGUGGACCGAAAGUCUUGUGUCAUAUCAGGCUGGGGAGAUACAGGAAGAUCAUACUCAAGGAUGUUACUCCAGGGAACCGUGGCUCUUCUCCCAAGAAAAGUAUGCAAAUCUCGUUAUGGAAAGAAAUUUACUAAUCGGAUGCUCUGUGCUGGAAAUCUUUCUGAAGACAAUCGGGUAGACAGCUGUCAAGGGGACAGUGGAGGACCCUUGGUGUGUCAAAGACCAAACACACAAUGGGUAAUUCUAGGGAUUACUUCCUGGGGAUAUGGGUGUGGGCAAAAAGAUUCUCCUGGUGUUUAUACAAAGGUCAGCAAAUUUGUGCCUUGGAUCAAGAAAGUGACCAAAAUAAUAUGAGAACAGUCAACCCAAAGAUGGAUUCAUGGUGCUUUAUGAAGUGGGACUUAAAAUGCAAGGAGCUAUAUCUUUAAUUAUGCCAGUACUGGAGAGCUUUUCCAAUAUUAGCCAUACAUUUUUUAAGACAUACGGACAAAAACGCCAUAGAAAUGCCUGUAAACUCUGCUUUGAUUCCAUUUUUGAAUAUAUAAUACUGCUAGAAGUAAGUUUUCUUAAAAUCUGUACAAAGCUUACAAGACAGAUUUGUUUUCAUAUCACCUAUGACUGCAUUAUGUUGUUUGCUCCUACUUUUCAGUCUAAUCUUAGGACAGGUCCAUCCUAAGCUUUCUUCUCUGACUGCUAAGUCCCUGAGCGCUCCUGCCUAUCUUGUCUGGUUGUUCCCUGGGCAGCAUAUCUCUUGCCUUCAUGCCCCAGAGCCAUUCACGCAUCCCAUUACAGGCUGUGAAAGUGCCAAUCUAUUUCAGCCCCAGCAUGACCACCUUCAAGGAGGGCUGCUGUGCAGGGCGGCCCAAAGAGGGAGGGAGGUGGGCAGCUAUAGGAGUUGAAGCAAUACUGUGGCCAUAAGUACAAACAGGCUGCCAAAGCACCCGGAUUUUGAUUGUGUAACUGCAACAGUCAUAACUUCAAGGACUGGAGUAAGGGACAUUCAGUAACUUCAAAUAGACAAUGAACGAAUGAUAAUUAAGCUAGGACUACCCGCACCUGUUUCUCUCACAAUUUUUUUCUUGAUUUAUUUCUCUCAAAUUGUUCCUGAAAUCUGGACAUUCCUGAGGUAUUUCUGACAUCUCUUAUCAUAAACAUUUUGUUCUGUUUUGCUAAAAUUUACUUAUUUAAUUAAUUUAUAUUGCUGCCUAUUCACCCAUGGCGAC